AGGGGUGGCGACAGGAGGCGAAGGGAGCCGAGGGGAGGUGACAGGAGCCGAGGGGAGCCGAGAGGAGCCGACGGGAGCCGAGAGGGACUCUGAGAGGAGCCGAAAGGAGCCGAGGGGAGCCGAAGGGAGCCGAGAGGGACUCUGAGAGGAGCCGAGGGGCUUCUAGGGUCUCCGAAGGGAGCCGAGAAGGUUCCGGUGCCGCCGAGGGGAGCCCAGCCGAGCCGAGCCGAGAUGAACGCGGUGCUGGCCGUCAAGCAGUACGUGUCCAAGAUGAUCGAGGACAGCGGCCCGGGCAUGAAGGUGCUGCUGAUGGACCGAGAAACGACCGGCAUCGUCAGCAUGGUGUACACCCAGUCCGAGAUCCUGCAGAGGGAGGUUUACCUCUUCGAGCGCCUCGACUCGGCCAGCAGGGAGCCCAUGAAGCACCUGAAGGCCAUCUGCUUCCUGCGGCCCACCAAGGAGAACGUGGAGCUGCUCACCCAGGAGCUGAGGAGGCCCAAGUACAGCAUCUACUUCAUCUACUUCAGCAAUGUGAUCAGCAAGAGUGAGGUCAAGUCCUUGGCUGAGGCUGAUGAGCAGGAGGUGGUGGCUGAAGUUCAGGAGUUCUACGGCGACUACAUCGCAGUCAACCCUCACCUCUUCUCCCUCAACCUCCUGGGCUGCUGCCAGGGGCGCAGCUGGGACUCUGCUCACCUCGCCAGGACCACCCAAGGGCUGACUGCUCUGCUUCUGUCCCUGAAGAAGUGCCCCAUGAUCCGGUACCAGCUGUCCUCUGAGCCUGCCAAGAGGCUGGCAGAGUGUGUGAAGCAAGUCAUCACCAAGGAGUAUGAACUCUUCGACUUCCGCCGCACCGAGGUCCCUCCCCUGCUGCUGCUCCUGGACCGCUCCGACGAUGCCAUCACUCCUCUGCUCAACCAGUGGACAUACCAGGCCAUGGUCCACGAGCUGCUGGGCAUCAACAACAACCGCAUCGACCUCUCCAGGGUGCCAGGCAUCAGCAAGGACCUGCGGGAGGUUGUCCUGUCCGCCGAGAACGAUGAGUUCUAUGCCAAUAACAUGUACCUGAACUUCGCAGAGAUUGGCAGCAACAUCAAGAACCUCAUGGAGGACUUCCAGAGGAGGAAGCCUAAGGAGCAGCAGAAGUUGGAGUCCAUCGCAGACAUGAAGGCCUUCGUGGAGACCUAUCCGCAGUUCCGGAAGCUCUCCGGCGCCGUGGCCAAGCAUGUGACAGUGGUGGGGGAGCUCUCCCGCCUGGUGGGGGACAGGAACCUGCUGGAGGUCUCCGAGGUGGAGCAGGAGUUGGCCUGCCAGAACGACCACUCCAGUGCCCUGCAGAACGUUCGCCGCCUGCUGCAGAACCCCAAGGUGUCGGAGCUGGAUGCUGCCAGGCUGGUGAUGCUCUAUGCCCUGCACUACGAGAGGCACAGCAGCAGCAGCCUGCCAGGGCUGCUGGCAGAGCUGAGGGGCCGAGGGGUGCAGGAGAAGUACCGCAAGCUGGUGCCAGCCCUGCUGGAGUACGGCGGGAAGCGAGUGCCAGGCAGUGACCUCUUCAGCCCCAAGGAUGCUGUGGCCAUCACCAAGCAGUUCCUCAAAGGCCUGAAGGGGGUGGAGAAUGUCUACACCCAGCACCAGCCUCUGCUGCAUGAGACCCUGGACCAGCUCAUCAAAGGGAAGCUCAAGGACAGUCACUACCCCUACCUGGGCCCCAACACCCUCCGGGACAGGCCCCAGGACAUCAUUGUCUUCAUCAUUGGAGGAGCAACCUACGAGGAGGCUCUGACUGUCUACAACCUGAACCGCACCAACCCUGGGGUCCGCAUCGUGCUGGGGGGCACCACCAUCCACAACACCAAGAGCUUCCUGGAGGAGGUUUCCUGCUCAGCCUUCCGCGGCCGCAGCUCGGAGCUCUCCCAAGCCCUGCCCAGGUCGAGCAGCAGACGCUGAGCCCGAGGCUGCCCCCGGAGCUACCUGCGCGGCUCCGGAGCACAUCUGGACCUUGGCAUCCUUCUGCUGCUGCUUCCCACCCGUGCCUGGAACCUGCGUGGGCGCCAGAAGCUGCUGGAGCUGGAGCUGGCCCCGGGGCCGUGCCCCAGGCUGCGGUGGCCUCUCCUUGGGCACUCCCCAGCAGCUGCAGGAGGAGCUGGGACAGGUCCCUGCCUGCAGGAGGAGCUGGGACAGGUCCCUGCGGCGGCUCCGGGGGCUGGAGGGGCCAGAGCCUGCUGAGCCUCUCCUCAAGGAGCUCCUGGCCCAGGCUGCUGCUCGGAGAGGUGAAGCUGAAGGGCACUGGGGGGGGGGGGUCUGGGGUCUGUGUCUCUGUGUUUGGAGUCCUAUUAAAGAACUGAACCCA